UGAUUGGUCCGUAGCGAACUUUUACGUUUUUUUUUUGUCUUGCGCUUGAUCGGGUAUGUCGAUGCUGUGACUGCGUUUAUACAUCCACAUUCCCGGUUGUAUUCGUAAUUCAGACCGCGGAUUUUUGGGCCUACUGCGACAGAGACAAUAAGUCAUGUAAGAAGAAAUGUCACAACAAGGAGGGUUUCUCCAGUCAUGUGGGACAAAUAUUUGAAUUUCUUGUUGAGAAGUUGUUGAGUUCACUUUGAAAGACUGGCACAAAGCAAUCAUGAUCCUGCAAGUGUUUCUUCUGUCUUCCAAAGGUGACCACCUCAUCUACAAGGACUUCCGGGGUGAAACAGAUGCCAGCAUCAUCAAUAUUUUCUAUGAAAAGGUGGUGGCACUGCCAGGAGAUCAGCCCCCCAUUGUCAUGUACCAUGACGGACUGCACUUGAUUCACAUUCGACAAGGGGGUCUGUAUUUUGUGGCAACAAGCAAGUCAAACCUUUCACCAUUCACAGUCAUAGAGUUUUUAAAUAGGCUUGCUGCCCUCAUUAAGGACUAUUGUGGUGCACUGUCUGAAAAAACUGUUCGCAUGAACUUUGCACUCAUUUAUGAGCUGCUAGAUGAGAUGAUGGAUUAUGGAUAUGUACAGACUACUUCAACGGAUAUCUUAAAGAACUUCAUUCAGACCGAAGCUGUGACCUCAAAGCCAUUCAGCCUCUUUGACCUCAGUAAUGUGGGCCUGUUUGGUGCAGACACACAGCAGAGCAAAGUGGCACCGAGCACAGCAGCCAGCCGGCCAAUGCUGACCACCAGGGGAGACCAAGGUAGUAAAAAUGAAAUUUUUGUGGAUGUCAUUGAGCGAUUGACUGUUGUCAUUGGAUCCAAUGGCACCCUAAUGAAGUCAGAUGUCCAAGGAGAAAUUAGAGUCAAGUGCUUCCUGCCCAGCUGCUCUGAAAUCAGGAUUGGCUUGAAUGAGGAGUUCAGCGUUGGGAAGUCUCAGUUACGAGGUUAUGGAACUGCGGUCCGUGUAGACGAGUGCCGCUUUAAUGAAUCUGUCCGGCUGGAUGAAUUUGAAAAUUACCGAAUCCUGAAAAUUCAUCCCAGUCAUGGGGAGCAAACUGUGAUGCAGUACCAGCUGUACGAUGAGCUCCCUCUAGCACCACCCUUCCGGCUGUUUCCCACCCUGGAGAGAGAUCCUACAGGAAGACUUCUCGUCUACAUGAAGUUGCGUUGUGACCUUCCUCCAAAGAGCUCGGCCUUGAACGUGUCGCUGAAUCUUCCAGUUCCAAAAGGCACCCUGAGCAUGUCACAGAACUUAAGCAGCCCUGAUCAAAGCGCAGAACUCCAGCAGUCUAGCAAGUCCAUCCAAUGGGACAUUGUCCGCUUCCCAGGGGGAUCACAGCUUUCCGCUAUGUUCAAGCUUGAAGUUCCAGGUUUAAGCUCAGCAUCUCUUUUGGAAGUUGGCCCAGCAAGUCUGUCUUUUGAACUGCCGAAGCACACGUGCACUGGUCUACAGAUACGCUUCCUCAGGCUCUCCAUCUCUCAGCCUGCUUUGCCACAGCGCUGGGUGCGGUAUGUCACCCACUCGGAUUCAUACACAAUCAGAAUAUAAGAUGCCAUCUUUCAUCCUCAAGAAUCAAUUUGCUGUUGCCUGGUGGGGCAAAUGCAAAGUGUUCAACUGAGGACUGUGCUUCUGCAAUUGGAAGAGAGAAGGAAUGGACACUGCUGCGUCUCCAUGGGUGAGGGUUCAUCCUUUCUGUAAGUCACUGGGUUGACCUUGGCCAUCAGAACAUGCGUUUCUAUGAUGCAUGUGCUGCGGACUGCAGUGCUUUUAAACUUUGGUGGAAGACAGCGCAGUGCAGUUACACUCUCAGAGUAAUCUGGACAUGCUAGUCCUUAAAGACACUGUUCAAGAGCAAACACUCCAGCCUCCUCGUAGUAAAAUAAAGAAGGUCAGGCAAGCAGCAGCAGAACAAUAUCUGUUUAAAUGGAGGAACAACAAAUUUUUGGUACUUAAAUUUUAAUAUCAAAGAUGGACAUCCAUUCUAUUGCUAAAUGGCUUUAAUUCACUGUUUUAAUAAAUACAGGAAACAAAGUAAUCCAUUUUCCUACUGAAGGGCCUCUAUGAAAAUUACAAGUUAACAGUACAUGGUGACCCAGCAACUAAUGAAACGGGAACAUUUAAAUGGAGAAGGCCACACUUGUCUCCAUACUGUAAUGGUGGGGUGAAAAUCCACAGAAUACAACCUUUAAGUAACAAACCAUACAGGGGGUUGGGUAUCCAGUUAAAUCACAGAACCCUUCUCCCAGCCCACCAAAUGUGCAAUAUACUUGUAUAGAAAGAAUAAGUAGGCAGCUUCCUAAAAAAAUAAAACUUGGAUUUAAAGCCUAAAUGGUGCUUGAUGACCAGUGAGAAUUUGUCUAACAUAAUGAAAAUGUAGGCCCACCAACUCAAACGUAAUUGGGCUUGUCACGUGUAAAUCAUUGCAACUGAACAGCUCUCUCUAAUCUACACCAGUCAGACCUGUGUCUGCAACAACAAAAAAAAAACUGCAUUUUGUUUUAUAAGAAGGUGAUUGUAUUAUGCACAGCUGUAUGUACAUU